AGCAGCAGCAGCAGCUCAUCUAGUUGCUAGUAGCCGCAUGUCAAAUGCAUGCUGCCUGCUGUUGCCCUACAAGCAAGUGUGCAACCGCAGCAGCAUAUGCCAAGUAGGAGCAGCAUCAGCAGUGUGGUGGUGGCGAUAAGAGCAGCAGGCGCUCACGCCUCUCACCACCACUGACUGCCCGGGCACCACCCAGCGUGCGUGGUCUGUGGUCCAUUUUUCUUCCCCCUUCCUCCGAUCCCAGCCUUCCCAGUCAGUCAUCCCUCCCUCUCCCAGCGGAGCUGCUGCUGCUCUGCUGAUUGAUUGGCCUCGCCUAGUCGCCUUGCAGAUAACAGACAUAUGGCCAUCAUCCUUGUACGAGCAGCGUCGCCCGGGCUCUCCGACGCCCAUGUCCAUGGGAGCCUCCUCCAGUGCUCCUCCCCCCUGCAGCUCAAGAGGAGGGUGCCGCCACGCAGUAGUGGCCGCUGGAUGCUCUGCUCGCUCAGGUACGCGUGCCUUGGCCUCGACCCGGGGGAGAUUGGCCGGACCUCCGCCGUGUACUCCAGCCUGGCCGUCAACCCGGCGGGAGAGGCCGUCGUCUCCUCCGAGCAGAAGGUCUACGACGUCGUGCUCAAGCAGGCGGCAUUGCUCAAGCGCCAGCUGCGCUCGCAGACGCCGCCCGUCCUCGACGUCAGGCCCCAGCAGCUGGACAUGCCGCGCAACCGCCUCAACCUCAAGGAGGCCUACGCCCGCUGCGGCGACAUCUGCGAGGAGUAUGCCAAGACUUUUUACCUCGGAACUUUGUUGAUGACAGAGGAGAGGCGCCGCGCCAUAUGGGCCAUCUAUGUGUGGUGUAGGAGGACAGAUGAGCUCGUAGAUGGGCCAAACGCCAACUACAUUACGCCAACGGCUUUGGACCGGUGGGAGAAGAGACUAGAGGAUCUUUUCGCGGGACGCCCUUACGAUAUGCUUGACGCCGCUCUUUCUGAUACCAUCUCAAGGUUCCCCAUAGACAUUCAGCCCUUCAGGGACAUGAUUGAAGGGAUGCGGAGUGACCUUAGAAAGGCGAGGUAUAAGAACUUCGACGAGCUCUACAUGUACUGCUACUAUGUUGCUGGAACUGUGGGAUUAAUGAGUGUACCUGUGAUGGGCAUCGCACCUGAGUCUAAGGCAACAACUGAAAGCGUGUACAGUGCUGCCUUGGCUCUCGGAAUUGCGAACCAACUCACAAAUAUACUCCGGGAUGUAGGAGAGGAUGCUAGAAGAGGAAGGAUAUAUUUACCACAAGAUGAACUGGCACAGGCAGGGCUCUCUGAUGAGGAUAUCUUCAAUGGUGUCGUGACAAACCGAUGGAGAAAUUUCAUGAAGCAGCAGAUCAAGAGGGCCAGGAUGUUUUUUGAGGAGGCAGAGAGAGGGGUGACUGAGCUCUCACAGGCUAGCAGAUGGCCAGUAUGGGCCUCCCUACUGUUGUACCGGCAAAUCCUGGAUGAGGUUGAAGCAAACGACUACAACAACUUCACAAAGAGGGCUUAUGUUGGGAAAGGGAAGAAACUGCUAGCACUUCCUGUUGCAUAUGGGAAGUCACUACUGCUACCAGUUUCACUGAGAAAUAGCCAGACCUAGCCGCUGCCAUUGAAAACAAAACAAGGUGAUCAGGAUAGGCUAGAUAGAAAAUAGGGCAAUGUCCUGGUGGAGAUAAAUUAAUUAUUGUUCAGGUGUAUCAUAUGAAAUGGGAAUCUGUUGGGGGCAGAGGCACAGAUAGAUAGAAAAAGCACUGCAACCAACCUAGAUGGAUAUGGAACGCUGGCCUGUAUAUCCGAUCCGCUUAGGAGCAUGCAUACAUACACUUGAGUCUCUGAAGGAAAGAAGCAACAUGUAUACUUAUUUCUUUUUUUAUAUAUGCCAGAUUGGUGGAAAACACAAAAGUAGGGACCAUAUUCUGUAAAUGCCAAUGCUAAAAGUUGUCGUAUAGAAGUUUAGCUACACGUACAAA